ACGGUUGGUAUAAAUAAGAUCACACAGGUGUAUCUGUAGCCACUAGUAACAUGCGAGUCUUCAUUGUAUGUGUGGUCGCUGCUCUCGCGGCGUGCGCUUCAGCCGCCAUCGCCAGUGCUCAUCCACGGCCUAGAACGUUGACCGUGAGUCUGGGCAAACAUCGUAAGCAUGAGGGCAGCCUGGUCUCCUACAAGAACCAUCUGAGGUCUGUACAGACACUGAGAGACGAAUCUGACAUCACACUACAGGAUGUACAGGACAUGUACUACUACGGACCAAUGACAAUCGGCACCCCGGCUAAGACUAUACAAGUUUUGUUUGACACUGGAUCUUCUGACCUAUGGGUACCCUCCAGGCAAAUGUGCAGAAACCACAACCAGUACUGCAAACAGCACAGCACGUACAAUCACAAGAAGAGUAGUUCCUACCACAGAAAUGGAAAACCUUUCAGCAUCCAAUAUGGAAGUGGAAAGGUUUCAGGGAUCGUCUCUCAAGAAAAUAUUGCUGUGGGGGGCCUACAAGUGACCAGUCAGCUGUUCGGAGAAGCUACCUCCGUGGACCAGCAGACUGCGCAGAGCCAGUUCGAUGGCAUCCUCGGACUCGCCUACUCUGACCUCUCUGAGAUACAGACCGACCCUCCAUUCGUCAACAUGGUCAACCAGGGGGUCGUCGAUGACCCUGUGUUUGCUUUCUACUUAAACAAGGCAGAGUCUGAAGAGUCGUCAGAAGAAAGUGAGACUGCAGAGCUAGUUCUCGGAGGUGUAGACCCAGACCACUACACUGGGGACUUUACCUUUACUCCUGUUACCAAACAGGCGUACUGGCAGAUACAGAUUGACGGAAUCCAGUUGGGCAAGAAGAAGAUCUUGUCGUCUUACGCAGCCAUUCCAGACUCUGGAACUAGCUUGUUGUAUGGUCCCUCAAAAGCUAUGAACCAAAUCAACAAGGCUCUUGGUGGAACAUAUGAUGAAGGCAUUUACGUUGUGGACUGUUCUCAAGUCAGCUCAUUUCCCGAUGUUUCCUAUAUAAUCAACGGACAGAAGUUUACUCUGACUUCCUCUGAUUACAUACUACAGGUUAACAGUCAAGGAGACAGCAAUGACGUAGUGUGUAUCAGCAGCUUCGUAGGCUCAGACCAGAUGCCCUUCAUCAUCUUGGGAGAUGUGUUUAUGCGCAAGUAUUACACACAGUUCGACAUGGGCAACAACCAAGUAGGAUUUGCAACGGCACAGUAAACGUCAUAUCAUCAUACUAUACACUAACUCAUAAGAUGUAAUGUAUCAAGCUACUUUAAAAAUAUAUAUUUUUUAUUCCUCUA